AUGUCUUGUGGCAUUAUGUCGUAUUUUACUCUAGUUGGCAUUUUGUCCAUAAAAGUAAAUAUAAGCUCGGUUUGGUGGGCAUGCCAUGCCAUAGGCUUCUUCCUCCUCGCUAAUGACGUUUAUUCUUCUUUUAUGGACAAAGGCAUUGACGGCAUUUUUCUCUUCUCUAUCAUUUUUCCCUUUAACUUGUAUUUAAUAUUUUCUCUAUUUUACUUCUCUUUCUAGCUUAAAAGCUUCAACUUUUUUUUUCUAAAAUACUAGUCUCGUCUUCACUAUAUUCUGACAUUUUUUCUGAAAAGUUUGCUUUAUUAUAUAUUCCUUUUCCUCUUUUUAGCUUUUAUUCCUUUACAAUUUUUUGCGCAUUUUAAAGGUUUC